AUGAAGGCCAGCGUCUUUCUUUUGCUGGCACAGGCCGCCGGCCUUACUUUCCAUGCAGAAGAUGCUGUGAGGCCGACCACCAAGGUGGUGAAACUAUUGCAAGGAAUGCAGGAACAGUUGGAUUCAGAGGCCAAGGCAGAUGAGGAGACUUAUGACAAGUUCAAAUGCUGGUGCCACGAGAACACCGUGGCAAGGGAGAAAGCUGUGAAGGAGGCUGAGAUGGCUACGACGGAGUUGAAGGAUCGCGUGGAAAUCCUUCUGGCGAAGAGCGAUCGAUUGAAGGCCGAAGUGGAGACCACGGAAGAUGAGGUCGCCAAGAACCAGGCAGCCUUGGACACAGCCACGCAUCUGCGAAGGCAGCAGAACAAGGAGUUCACCGACGACUUGGAGCGCCUCAACUCGGACCUCAGCGGCGUGACCAGCGCCAUCACCGCCAUGGCGGUCGCGGGCGAAGGUGCCUUUCUGCAGAGCAAGGAGACUGCCGCCCGGCCCUUGCGUGAGAUUUUGGGCCGCCACGCGGCCAAGCUGAACAUGGAGGAUCGACAGGCGGUAGAGUCCUUCCUUCAACGCGGUGAUGGCGUGGACACCGUGAAGGGCGUGCUGGAGGGCUUGAAGGAUGACUUCACGGCCGAUCUGGUGAAGAUCAAGGACGAUGAAGCAACCUCCACCAAGCAGUACGAGGCUCUGGCUGCCGCAAAGACCGAAGAGAUUCAAGCUGGAAUCAAGCAGAUUGAAACCAAAAAGGAGGAGAAGGCCAACGCAGAUGAGGAGCGUGCGAUCAAGAAGCAGGAGAUCAAAGACACUGAGGCGAUCCUGGGCACCGAUGUGUCGUUUGUGGCGGAGGUGAAGCAGCGCUGCGCCGACAUGGACGCCCAGUGGGACGAGCGGCAGAAGACCCGGGCGGAGGAGACCACAGCGAUCUCCAAGGCGGUGGAGAUCCUGGAUGCUGACGAAGCCCACGCGAACUUUGCCAAGACGUUCAGUCCAUCCUUCCUCCAGGAGUCCUCAAGUUCGAGGGUCCAGGCGGCAGCGAAGGCCUUGAGCAAGGCCAAGGAUCCUCGCGUCCUGAGCUUGGCGAUGCAGAUGAAGAUCGACAAGUUCACCAACGUGAAGAAGGCGAUGGAUGACAUGGUCUUUGCCUUGAAGAAGGAACAGGAAGACGAGGUGACGCAGAAGGAAUUCUGCGUGGACGAGCUUCGGAAAAAUCAGCUUCAGACGGAGGAGAAGACUCGCAAUAAGGAUGCUCUCGUGGCCAAGGAGCAGGCCAUCGACUUGGAGACGCCGACGAACGACCUGAAGACCCUGCACAGCGAAAUCUCCGAGAUGCAAAAGCAACUGCAGCUGGCUGGGCAGAACCGCGAGAAGGAGAACACCGAGUUUCAGCAGAUGGUCGAAGAGCAGCGCAAGACACAGGGCCUUCUGAAAGAGGCGCUGAAAGUCCUUGCCAAGUUCUACGACAAGGAGGCCUUCUUGCAAGGCAGCAGCCACGCCCCUGAGGUGCCGGGCGGCUUUAAGGACUACAAGGCCAACGGCAAGAGCUUCGGUGUGAUGACCAUGCUCCAGCAGUUGGUGGAUGAUGCAGCAGCCAUGGAGGCCGAGGCCGUGCGGGCGGAGAAGAGUGCUCAGAGUGCCUACGAGGCCUUUGCCAAAGACACCACCGUGUCCAUCGCCAAGAAGGAAGCAUCGAUUAUGAACAAGAAGGCGCACAAAGCCAAGCUCGAGCAGACCUUGGUGCAGACGCGGCAGAGCCGGGAGGGACAUGAGAGGGAGCUGGAGACGUUGGAGGGCAAGAAGAUGGACCUUCAUGAGAGCUGCGAUUGGCUCUUGAAGAACUUCGACGCGCGGCAGAGUGCCCGCGAGGAGGAAGUCGACUCUGUCAAGAAGGCCAAGGCCAUUCUUUCAGGUGCGAGCUUUGCUGAGAUCCAGCUGGACUGA